AUGGAGGUGGAGGAGGAGGAAAGACGCUCUCCAAACUAUCGUGGGGAAGCGUGUGUCCCCGAGAGCUUCUUUGAUCGCGUAACGCAAGCGUUACGCGGCGAUCUCGAACAUGAGCGGGACAGGCGUCUUCAACUGGUGGACACUGCCUUGAAGCAUCGAGCUGAGUAUGCCUUUGCUCAGCUUGAGAACGAGAGGGCUUUGACGUCUACGUACACUCCGUCAAGAGUUGGAGUGAGUUUUUGCCCAUGGUAG